AGCGAAAGUAGGACGGCGGCGCGCGCUGCAGCGGUCGCGCUCGCUCGCACACACGUGUCUGGUUUCGUCUGGCCUUCGACGGCUGUGCAUACGGAUGGGCUGCCGCGCCCCCAGAGAUGUCUCUCCAGGGCAUGUUGAAGCAUAUCAUUGAGGAGAAACUGUAUCAUUCCCUACGUGAAUCUCCUAAGAUCCAUAAUUGUUGUUGUCUUCAUCUUCAGAGAGGUGCCGUUCUGGUCUCCAUGGGAACCUACGCGGCUGGCUUGGGAAGAUGGCGGCUUUAGAGAGGCGGACGGGGGCCGCUCGGGAGCGGGACUCCAGGCUUCUGUGCUUCUAGAGAGCCGCCCCGCUACCGCGUGCCUUUCCCCCGCCGCCGGGAUGUUCGAGGACAGCGCGGCACGCGGUGCCGAUGUGGAGUCGCUGUGGCGAAGAGACCAGGGGACCCGCUGCGAGGCGAAAAGCUGCCAGACUGGGGAGAUCUCAACCGUAGAGGCUGCAGUACAAUCCCAUUCCAGCCGGGAUGCUGGCAUGCAGACCAAUCAAAGUGAGGAGACUAUCCAAAACUUGGAUCUCCAGAAGGAAGCUCCUGUGGAUUAUGCUGGCCUACUCUCAUUCCUUCAGGGAGUGGAGGAUGUUGUUAUCAAAGAGCUGAAUAAAAACUGGAGAAGUCAUGCCUUCGAUGGCUUUGAGGUGAACUGGGUAGAUCAGAAUGAAACGGUAUCCUGUUUGCAUAGCUUAUCAUACCCAGAGGCUCAGGAUCAGAAAUUGCAGGUGACCAGCAUCUCCUGGAAUGCCACUGGAUCAGUUUUUGCAUGUUCUUAUGGCAGGGUGGAAAGUUACCAAGCUGUCGUGUCCUGCUAUCAGUUUCACUUGUGGGAGAAGAUAUUGCUGUUUGUGCAGGAGUUGCCAGAUGACAAAAGGAGAUUGAAGUCCUGGUUUAUUCUGCAUGUCUGGUUUGCAGUGGAAGAAACUGAGGAGGUAGAAGGCACUGCAGCCUUGCCUUCAGAACGUUUGGAGACACUGAGGCGAAAGCCUGUCAUGCUGUGUGUGACUUUCAUUAGUAGCCAUUGCUUAUGUUCCGUUGAUCCUUUGUCAUCUACAGGUGGCCUUUACAGUGGGGAGGUCUUGAUAUGGGACAUGAGCAGGAUAGAAGAUCCCUUGAUCUGGAGGACAGGGAUGACAGAUGACACUCAUACAGAGCCAGUUUAUCAGGUUAACUGGUUACAGGACUCAAAGCACAGUUACCACUUCCAGAUUCUGAGUGUAUCCACAGACGGAAAGAUCCUUGUGUGGCAGACACAGAGAGAUGGUCAGCUGAUGUUAGUUGAAGGAUUCGCCUUAGUUGCUCAGCAGAUCCCUUGGAGUAUGAAACUUAAGAAGCGCACACGUGGGGAGACAGCUGUGGGUGUGACCUCACUCUCUUUCUCCUGCUUUGAUCCCAGUGUGUUUAUCAUUGGUCUGGAAGGUGGAUAUUCUCUCAAGUGCUCCACUGCAGUAGAGACUGCUGCUGUCCCUAGGACAGGUAACUCUGUUCCCCUCAAGGCACCUGCAGAGUUUGCCUUUUCUCCUCAUGGUGGACCUGUGUACUGUGUAAGCUGCUCACCUUUCCACAGGAAUCUCUUUCUGAGUGGUGGCACUGAUGGACAUGUUCACUUGCACUCCAUGCUGCAGGCACAGCCCCUUAUUUCUCUCCAGUUAUCAAAGAAGUAUCUGUUUAGUGUGCGCUGGUCUCCAGUACGACCCUUGGUCUUUGCAGCUGCCACUGGAGAAGGAGAAGUGCAGCUGUUUGAUUUUGGAAAGAGCUCCCAGAAACCUGCAGUUUCUAUAAAGCAAGCUUCAGCUCAGACUCCUGUGUACUGCAUAGAGUUUAACUUCAAGCAACCUCAGCUUCUGGCAGCAGGGGAUGCCAGUGGCAUGCUGAAAAUAUGGCAGCUGAGUUCAGACUUUAUUCAACAGGGACCAAGGGAAAUGAAUCACCUUGAGCAGCUGGCAAAUGAAGUCACUGAUUGAGACACUAACAAACAGGCCAGUGUUAUCUGAAUCUUGCUACAGCAUAGGGUUGUUACUGUUUCUACCCAAAACUGGUCUGUAAAACACAUUCAUUACAUUGUAAUGGAGAGCAUGGUCGCUCCUAGUCACUCUUACCCUCAUUACCUGAAGCUAUGUAAUGAGCAGAAGAGAGUGUCUACUGGACUUUGUUUGAGUCACACUUGAAAUUGGUACUCAAGCAUCAAGAUGAUUAAACACAAGUUGAAAUUUUUGCUGCAGUUUGGACCAGUAACUUUUAUUGAAGCACACUGCAAUAUUUGUUGUUUUUCCUAAGAGUUUUAAGCUAAGCCGUUUAAGGUUACAUCAGAAAGCAGCAUUGAUUAUUGUACAACACAAAGAUGGAGAUGCAUGCAGGGCUACAGUUG